AGUCUAAUAAAUUAUCGCGGGAAAUCAAAAUGGCGUGAGGACAAACUAGCUAGUGAUGUUACAGAUGCGUGUAUUGAUAUGAUAGGGGAUCUUGACUCGACAUGGUGAAGCGAAAAUUUGCUGACAAUGACGACGCUGAAGGCGAUCAGACGAUUCCAAUCCCCAUACAAACCUUUUUAUGGCGACAAACUAGCCCCUUCUUUCGAUUGAAAUUGGGAAAAUUGUGCGAAGCAUCAUGUGUGUCAUUUGAGAGGGUAUUAGUUCAAAACAUCCUGCACGGUUUAUCGCCUAGUCUAUGUGAAGCGUUGCAAAGUGUUGACAGAUGGAAAGUAAUACAAGCAGCUCUGCCUCAUGUAAUGCACUGUUGUUCCGUUCUAAUCCGGAAGCGGAAAGAAUCUAGUCCAGGCUGCAAAUUCGGUCCGAACGAAAUUAAGCUUUUGUAUACACUGCAUUGGAUUUUGUUAGAUGCUGCAUCUGAAUGCGAGGAGGGAACAACUGGGGGAGCCGGAACUGGAACCGGAGAUAUUUAUUUGGGUGAUGAACAAACAGCUUCAUCCCCAGAAAAACAAAAGGAAAAAGAAAAAAAUCUGCGCAAUUAUUUACAUUCAUUAGAGACGAUUCAAUUAUUUAUCUACUUUUUCGGUCCUUUGUUAAGUUCUAUUAGGGAAGAAGAUUUUCAAAGUUUAAAACUUGAAAAUGGUUUACGACUUUGGAUACCUCUCUGGGAGCAUAGGCAACCGGAUAUUCCAUGCUUUUCCAUGCCUGUUAAGCCAAGACGUAGUCAAGCUAGAGUUCACAAGGAUUUCGUUCGUAAAGAGCCUUUCUCAACGAAACAACGACGAGAUUUAGAUAUGAAAGAUUUUGAGAUCGAAAGAGAUGAGGAAGUUAAAGUUGAGGUCGAGGAGAUGAAAGAUAAUAAUCAAAAAGAAGAAGAACAAGAAGAAUCAGCUGCUCAGUCUCCACCAGUUAAGGCAGCUGAUACACAAACGGCAGUAGUCGAGGUGAUUUGUGAAGUAUGUAAUGAAAUAAUUUAUGGAAAACAUGGAGAAACUGAAUGCAAGUGCAGUCAAACGGAAAAGAAAAGGAAAUGUACUCUAACGAAGGUAGAAUCGGUUACACAAUCUCCUAAGUCAUCGAACAUCGACAGUUCUAAGAUAAUUUCCGACCGUGUCGACGUUCUAAGUGCUUCCUAUAUGGAUGUCGCAGUUUUAAGGUGUCUAUUUUGUAGCCAAUGGCAGGAGGAAGGCGUCUAUUGGUGUUUGAAAUAUGUGCAUAGACGUCUUCUCGAAGUCAUUGACGAAAUUUCAAGCUUUGAGUUAAUUCGAGAGCGUUCAAAGUCUUUGCCAAAUCCCGACACAAAGAGUUCAAUAAUAGACGACCUAACGGUGAUAUCGUCAAGACGAGACAGUCUCAUUCUUCAUCCGUCCAUUGAAAAAGGCGUUACUAAAAAAGAAUCGUCGUUCAAACGAAGUAGAAUGCAAGACUUUAAACAAUUAUUGGACGAUAAAAUGAAAAAGUUAAUAAGGCGACAAUCUUGCGAGCAAUUCGAAGGUGACGAAAACAUUUCAGGCAGAUGCACACCAGAUUAUCAGGCUGGUAGUCUAACAAAGCUAUGCGAACAGGAAGAAUUGACGGAAAACGAUAGUUUAUCCUCUGCUUCUUCUAGCACUCAGCUUGUUAGAAGAAAGAGUAUGCCGUCCAUAGUUGUCGAUCCAAGUCAGGCGACAUCUGUUACAAUUAAUAAUUCGGCAAACGAUUCAGCAUGCAGAACAGGUAGCUUAAAACCUGAUUUAACAGGACAAAAUCCAAUCAUCACUAUAACUGAAGAUAGUCCAGAACCCUCACCAAGUUAUCAAUCGUCUUGGAAGAGUGUAAAACGAGAGAGUCUUAUCUCUGCAAGAUCAGUUAAUCCCGAACAACGUUUGUUAAGAGCGCAAAGAAGUUUAACUGACUCAAACAUAUCGUAUUUGUCAACGGAAGAGGUGCAGGAAGUUGCCGGUUGCGUCUACUAUACAGACUCAAACGGCCAUUUAGAUUAUGCCGUUGUACUAAAAGCAGCCUAUAUCGUUUCAUCAAGAGAUUGUAGCGCAAGAGUUUGUUUGGCGCUUUUAAAUAUUGUCGAUUGUCUUCUAGACCUUGGUAUAAUUGAGAAAGAGGAGAAGAAUGAUGAAAAAUCAAAAAGAGGAAACGACAAUAACAAUAAUAACAAUCCAAAUUCCGUAAAAGAAACUGACUCAAAAGCUGAUCAAAAAGAGAAGGAUGGAUGUUUUUUCAUGGCUAUGGAAACAAUGUGCAGAAUAUAUCGAUGCUUGGGCUGUCCUUAUGGUUGUAAUGAGGCUAUCCGCGGUAACAUAGGAGACAAGUUACGUAGCCACGCUCUGAAUGGCCUAGAUAGACUGAGGAAUAUUAAUCCGUCCUCUUUCAGCACGUUUAUUACUAAAACUCUAGUAGACCAACAACUGCAAUCAACCAUGAACUUUCUGCACGCUCUUCUCGGUUUUUGCUCAGAAGGCGAAGAUAAGAAAAGCAGGAAAACAAGCUCCUCUGAAAGCAAUAAAACUGGUUACUCAAGCAACUUUGGCGAAGAUCAGGGAAAGGAAAGGAAAGCCGAUAGUUUUAUCGUUCUUAUUAUAUUAAAGAAACUCAUUUCAAAAUUUGUCGAUUCGUCGAAAGAAAUUCACUCUCAAGACAAUAUAAAUUUAUAUUGCGACGUUCGUCAGUUCGUUUGUCACGUAAAAGAGACACACGGCAGUACUUUUAGAAAAGUAGCGUUAAGCGGCUUAGUAGACGCAGUCGAUAGGAGGAAAUUAGGUGAAGAAAAGAUGCCUCCGACAGUUAUUAAGCGGACUAUGUCGAUGAAUUCGGAUAAUGCGGAGGAUGGACAAAAAACAUUAUCUUUCUGUUCUUUGGAUGAAUCGGGUAGCGGAAGCAGAAGAUCUCUAUUUAGGAAGAAAACGCGAAAGCAGGCAUUAACGAAUGCACAAGGAGCAGCUAGUGACUCGGAAACGCUCGAUGAGCAGAGAACCGGAAAGCUUAGUCCUAGAGUCUCUGUCUCCGGAGAAGGAGAAGAGCCGAGUUCAGGUCCUACUACUCCCAAAAGAAAGUUCAGCAAAUUCGCGCUAAGUGCUUGGAAGAAAAGUGGAACAGGAGCUAGAUCCGAUCAUGAAGAUGACCAAAGUGACUACGAAAGUAGAAGGGAGAGUAAAUCAUCUCCAUCUUCCGAUACAUUUCGCUCCAAGUCAAAAAUGUCAUUUAAAGCUGCUGGCCAAGCAACUCUGACCUUUUUAAGUGCCCGAAAACGGAUAGAAGAUGGUUUAAGGAGCUGGAGCAAACGCAGAAUGAGUAAACGAGAUAGUAUGGACGAUGAAUCUUCCCAAAGAGAAUCUUUAUUAGUUAAUAAUGCAAUGACUUCCGAAGUGAUUCUAUUAAAAGAGAAGAGAUUAGUAAACAGUUAUGCAGUUAAAUCGGGGAUGCUCCGCUUUAAUCUAAUGUUAGACUGCUGUUUACCAGGAACAGUACCCGAUGCUCAUCUAAUGGCUGCUCUGCUCGAUUUGGAGGCGCCAAUAGUUGCCAGGGCAACGCUCUUUCUAGAAUGCGCUUACUUUAUCAAUAAAUGUAAUAAAGGAGAAUGGCCGAAUUGGAUGAAAAGGAAUUUACCUCAAUUAGCAAGAAGGUCUUUCCAUAACCGGAAUCAGCCAACUGGCUACAAAUAUACACUUUUACUGCAAAGAAAUGCUGCUAAAAUGUUUCAUCUUUGGGGUGAAGCUAUCGCUAAUAGGAUGUGGUAUAUUCUUAAUGAAGAGGCCAACGAUAAUUUUGCUUUCGGGCAACAAGUAAAAGAUGAAAAAGUAAAGAAAGAAUUGAGAGUUGAAGAUGACGAAGAGGACUUCCUAGAUGAAGCAACUGUUAAUCAUUCUGGGUCAGAUUGCCCAUACGCUUUGAAGAUGGUGGCUUGUCAGCUACUUCUCGAAAUAACUACUUUCCUUAGAGAAACCUUUCAAUAUUUACCCAAAGUUAAACCUGUCAAAGUACCUAGUGUAAGGAGGUCAAGCGGAUUGAAUAGUCCACCUCAUUCGGAUCGUAGCAAUUCUAGAAGUUCCCAAGGAGAUUUAGGCCUAAUGGUUAACAGCCCGAGCGACAGAAAAAUUAGUUUUGCUGUUAGGGGAAGAUCGGAAGAAAAGUCAGAUUCUUUACAUAGUAGUACAACAUCCUUAGCAAUGCCAGAAGCUGAAAAGAAUAAAAAGUCUAGUAAUAAAAGUAAAUUAUUGAAGAUGAGAAGAGGCUCUGGCCAUAAUUCUAGCUUAAAAAGAAGCUUUAAAGUUAAAAGGGAAACCGGAAGCCUAAGGCGAGUUGGAAGUAUUAGGUGUGCUAGGAAAGUAUCGACUCAGUCUUUGAAAUCUGAGAAAUCUGACGACGAUCAUAGUGCUGACGACGAAAAUACGCAGGGAGCUUCGGCAAAUACUGAAGCGGACGAAACGACUGUCGAAGAUGAACUGGACUUAUCCAAGUGUAUGCCUUGGAUAAAAGUCGUAAUACGAUUGGCUAAUAAUUCAAAUUUUAUCUGCGAACAUCAACAAUUUUGUCAUACGAAUUGUUACGAAAGACAAAGGAGAAGUUGUGUUCGUCUUUUAAAUGCAGCACGUAAAGUUUACGAUAGUACACCUGAAAGUAUGAUGCAAAACGAUGACAAUCACGAAAAUAAGAGGGAGAAAUUCAAGGAUAAAAUGAAGAGAAGGGAAUCCAUGUUCCAACCCUCUUCACCAAAACGUCGUGAAAGUACUCCAUUGUUGGAUAAAAUUCGAACAGAUGUGAAUUUUGCGAGAGCAAAAAUAGCAAGUGUUCUCGAAAAGAAACAAAAGAAGGUAUCAAACGUAAAAGACGAAGCAAAAAUUGUUAAAUAUUUAAGAGCUCAGGUUCAAAAUUUAACUCAAGCUCCUCUUGCAAUAAUCUGUAAAUCAGCUCCAAUAUUAAGUGAAGAAAAUUUUAUUGACAUGCUUCCAGUAGCGUGGGAAUUGCUAUUGGAAAGCGAUCAAGAGCUUGUUGCUGCAUCUGCGAGUUUAUUCAUCUUGUCUUCCAUUAAAGUUGGGGAUCACGUUCAGGAAUUAAUGAUUAAAGAACUACAACAUCAGGAUACUAAUCAACGUAUUAAUGCUGUCCUAAGAUUUCACGUUCUUUGGAAGUUUAGACAUCAAGUUUGGCCAAGAAUGGAGGACGGUUCCAAUAUGUUUUUCAAAGUUCCACCUCCGUCCAUCGACUUUGUUCAACCUUCGCCUACAAUUGGUUUACCUUGUUUAAACGUUAUUGAUCCUCCUUGGUUGCCUCAUUUCAAGACCAAAGUUGAGGAGGUCACUCUAAACGAAGAAGAAACGAAAACAUUUGUAACUGCAACCACAACUAGGAGAAAACAACAACAAGAGAUGUUAAAUAGAGCUCUAAUAGCCGAAGAAGAUAGGAGGAAAUCAGCAAGAGAGAAUUUUCACGUAACAUCCGUUCCAGUAAAUUAUUUGGCUGCCUACGAACCAGCUUUACAUCACGGAGACACAAACGAAUACGAUGAUGCGACACCAGUUCCGGAAGAGUUGACGGUUGCGGCGGCAAGGAGAAUGUCGGUUGCUCCAACAUCUUCUAUGGUAAAUCGAACAAGUACUGCGCCCAUUGGCCGUAAUCCCAGUUGGCGGCAAGGUUCCGUCCUGCAAUGGGGUCGACCUACCAUUUUCGAAGCUGAAGAGGACAGGGUGGAACAUCCUCAUUCUCAACAUAUGCAACUAUGCCAGGCGUUUUUUCCGUCAUUCGUCUGUGCGGCGGCUCUUCCAAUAAUCCAUUUACUCGACGACUUGGAUGUCGGAAGCGAUGGUAUUUCUGUUUCCCAAGUUGCCGAGAAAGUAGUAUGGUAUUGCCUCGUAGAAGAUACUCCUCUCUUCCUCAGGACAUUUUUAGAAAAAAUCACGCAUCGAGAUAAACAAGAGGAGCUGAUAUUCUUGCUGAGAAAACUGCUGUUCCACCUACAAUCGAUACCUGCCCAAUCGGCUCAUAACGUUUUCAAUUACUUGGUUGGAUUCAUUAUGUUCUAUGUUAGAUCUCCUGCUGAGGGUGGUAACGAGGCUAUAGCAAGAGCAUUAUCCUUUCUAUGGCAGUUAGUACCGAGCGUUCAUGGUGUAUGUUUUAGAGAUUUAAAACAAACUUUACGAAAGGAGCAGUGCGAAACCACUCUAUUAAUUACUGCCAUUGUACCAAGUGCCAAAAAAUUAAUUGUGCAUGGACCAGAUUUGUCAUCUAUUCCUUCUCAAUAUCCCAUUGACGAGGAUACCCAGUUCCAUCAAAUUCUCUCUGACAGUCUCGAAUUCUUCAGUAUCGCACAGGAACAGCACAACGAAUACUUUCUAAUGGAUGCUAAAACUCAUCAAAUUCAUCAUGGUGACGCUUACGUAAGAGAUUUCUAUUUCUUCCGAAGGAAUAUGUAUCCUCAACUGAGUUUAGUUCAUAUGCAACCGAACGACGCUUUCAAUACCUUGCAAAUGCAUGCUGCUAGUUUAAAGGCAGCUGAAUUGGGCAAGGUUCUCUUUACGAUGGCCGUCCUGCAAACUCAUUCCCAACAACAAUUGGUCAGUAGUGUUUCAUUCCUGCAAGAAGAGCUACUGAAAUUACCAACCUUCCCGAGGAAAGCUCUUGAGAGUGAUCUAUCAUUACAUAGAGGUAAAUUGGGUAAAGAGCUAUAUGGUUUAGAUAUGAUGCAUAAAUACGCUUGGGCAAGGUUGAUUCAAGUUCUAUUUAUGUCAAUGUCGACAACGGUAACUGCUGACGGUGAUCUCCCUCUCUUUCUCAAUGUUAUUAAUGGAACUCUUCUACUACAUUGCGAAGAUACGGCGAUGCUCCGUUGUUGCUUGGCAACAUAUUUGAACGCCUCUAGGCACUUUAAGCAGGUGUUUUCUAUUAAUGGUUUCUUCUUCAUCAUGCCCUCUAUUCUACAAGUCUACACAUCUAGUCGUCCCAAUUGCGCAGUUCGUCAAGCCAUAGAAUUUGCUUGUCGUUCGUUUUAUACGAUGCAUCGUAAGCCAUUCAUGCUGCAGACAUUUGGUAGUUUAGCCCCCUUGUUGGAUAUGGAUAAGAGUUCAGCAGACGUGCACGUAAGCAAGAUUGAUCCAAAGUGCCUAUUCGAACUCUUACUCUCUCUGGAAACUGAUUGUCCCGACGUAUUAGAAAUACUUGACCUCGUCAACGGCUCCCUACCCCUUUCCGCCCUCGAUCUAUGCUAUACAGAAGAUCCCGACGCCUUCCAGAUGAUCGACUCUAUUAAUAUGUGUGUAACUGUGGUUGCCUAUGCCCCAGAUUCUCCUAGAUCCAUGCAGAUGUUGACCGUUUUAGAGGCGUUGUUACCCCAAUAUUUAAAUCAUUUAGCGAAGCAAACGGAUAAAUUAGACAGCGUUACAGCAGCCAAAGAAGAGGUGACAGCUAUAUCAAACCUUGCAGUUAGUGUAAAAGCUUUAGUAAUGAGUUGCGAACCGUUUACAAGGAACUUUAGUGCACCACAAAGACACUUGGAAACGGUUAAUACGAGUGUCAAAUUAACUCAUAAUCAUAACCAUCACCAUCGUCCAUCCAUUUAUCCGGAUGAAUUAUCAGACAUUCGCUUUACUGCUGUGUUAAUGGAGGAGGGAAGAGGUUCUGUUCCAAAUCGGCAAGGUCCGGGUAGAACCGGGCGUUACGCUGUACAUUCAGAGGAUGAUAUAGAGGCAUCAAUUUUAGCAUUUAGGAAGCCCAGAAAUUGCCUGUUGGUUAUUGUUACUCACUUUUAUGUAGAAUGUCAUAAGAGGUUGAAAAUUCUUCGGAAAAUAGUAGCCGAUCCGUCAUUCAGAAUACCCCAACUUUUGGAUCCGAAAACACAUAAUAGAUUAGGGGAAGUGGCGCAUACGCUUCUAAAGAUUGCUCCUUACAAUUCAGCAACAAUGUCUUGUCCUGGAUUGCAAAGAUAUACCACAGAUAUACUACCAAUUACUGACUGGUCACUGGAAUCGAAUAGACCAGCUUUAAAUUUAAUUUUACGAAGAAUGGAUAGGCUUUUUUAUAAGAUUUAUAAAAAACCUGCUCUAAGGAGGAACAUGGAUUGGGAUGCUGCUGGGAAUUUACUAAAAGGUCUAUACGAUACACUAAUUCAUUUCAAAUAUGUUGCCGUUGUUGGUAAUCUUAAGAACUUGAUAAGCGCUUGCAUAAACAUUAUAUUGGCGGACGAAUCAUCAUCCAUUCCUGCAAACGAAAUUAGUUCAAAUGCUAGUAAAAUGGAUUCCUUCCCGAGGAUAAUUACACCGCCCUAUUUCUGUUCGGCGGCUAUUAAGUUAACCGCUAUGCAAAUGCAAGCUUUAGGCGACCAGUUCUCUCUUGCACAAAUUUGCGGCAACAUAACUGUUUUUUCACCGGAAAAAACGACCAACAUGCUCGUUAAUCUUAUUCUUCCAUUAUGCAUACGAAUGGGAUGUGGGAGGAGAGAUUCGCCAAAAAUGAGGAACUCUGACAUUUCCUUCGCACUUACCAUCCUUCUACACGCCUUAGUGCCACCCCAUAAACAACAAUCGUCUUCUGUUAGCGGGGCCAAUAGAAGUCAGCACUUUGGUGUUGGAGAUAUGAGUAGAACAUCCGGUACGGCCUAUCCGGCUAAGAAAGAAAAAGAGACCAUCAAAGAGGGAACUUUAGAGAUAAUAUUCCUCGGUUUAAGGAUAAUGAUAGUUUGCUACGAAAAGGAGCUUUCUAAUCAUUGGUUUGAAAUGGCCAAAACCAUUUCAGCAAUUUGCACUAAAACCGGCGGAUUGGCCGUCUGGAGGUUUAUAGAUUUUAUUGUCUCCUAUAAAACAGCACUAACAAUCCUUAUGCAACCAUUCAUUCAGUAUAGGAUGAUGAAAAUGAUUUGUGAUAGUGGGGACGAAUAUUACAUUCAACAAGCUGUACACCAGAAAUUACAAGGUGAAGGGUCCGUAGUACCGAAAAGCAAAGGAACAAUACUAAUAGACUUAGCGAUGCAACUAAAACAAAUAAAAUUGGAAUUAUCUUCUUCCGGUGAUUUCCGUCCUAGAACUACAACAAUCGUUAGCAAUCAGAGCGCUGUUAGCAAAUCUGCCAGUAUGCUCGACUUGUUGGAACAACAGGCACCUGCAGAAACGUCUUCUACAAAUCAAGUCGUUUCACCGAGAUUUCUAACUCCCCAGUCCAGUUUUGGAGGAGGUUAGUUCAAUUUUUCCUUGCUUUUCCCAUAAAAAAAAAGACUAACGGUGAAAAAAAGAAAGAAAGAAAGGGAAAAAUUUCUCUUAUAGUGUUUAACCCUCUUGACCUUUUAUUAUUUCGCGUAUGAUUUACGAUUUACCCUUUUUGCCUUUUUCCUUUCUUUUUUUCCCCUUCCCUUUUCAUUACUUAUACGACUGAGACAAAUUAAGAGAAAAAAAAACAAAAAUGAACCUUUUUAGAAAGUAUCGACAAAGCCGGAGAAGAAGUUAAAUCAGGUUCGUUUUUUGGUUGAACGUUCAUAAUUAUAGGUUUCUUUUCAGUUUUUUGUUGUUUCGUUUAGGAGUGAGUUGCCAACCACGGCGAUAAAUAGAUUAAUUGUCACACGUAUUGACUAGGAAUUAAUUAGAUCACACAAUGUUUAAACGAUGUCAAAGGGCGAAUAUAUAUUUCGUUUUGACGCUUUUCCCAUUGUCCCAAAUGUUAUUAACGAGCAAUUAGCGUCAGGUACAAAGACACCGACCACCUUUUUUAUUUUCCCUUAAAAGCAGGUACCGCUACCGCCUCCAAUGCUUCAAACAACGGAAACGUCCCGAAAAGCGUCGAAAGUCUUGUUAAUAUGAAAUCAAACCCAGCAAUUAAAGCCAAGGCGAAUAAUAGAAUAAAGGCGACGGAUGGUCAUGCUAUUUUGGAACAUUUCUUUAUGGUCAAUGCCGACGAAGGUUCGUUUUUCUUUAAUUAAACUUUUUUUAUAUAUAUACAAAAAAAAACAAGAGUCAUAAUAUCAGACUAAUUUUAAAAGUAAUUUAGAGUAUUUUCCAUGUGACGUAAUAUUCUAAUUAAUUAAUUAAUAAUUAAUAAUAUUUUUAAAACUAUUUAAACAUUUAACGGUCAAUUUAUAAAGAAUUUCUUUUGUUAUAUCAAAAAUUUUUACAACGAAAGUUUUCUUCUAAAAUUGUAAGAAAAAAGAAAAGAGACGUUUUUUUUCUUUUUUUUUAAAAAAAAAACAACGUUUACUUUUUCUUUUUCUGUUUUUUCUUAUUUUUUUCUUUUUUUUUUGUUGCAAACAUAUACACCACUACAUACACACUUAAUGAAAGUCUUGUACAUAAGUUAUAUAGAAAGUAUACAACCGUCCAUAAAAAAAAAUAAAGGAGGGAAUGGGGAAAGGAAACAAGGUGAAUAAAAUUUUACCGCCAUUUUUUAAGUAAACGCCCUUAAAAUAGAAAAAGAUAUUAACUUUGUUAUAUAUAGAUUUUUAUUGUUUUUUUCAUUUUAACUGUUUUUGUUAUAUUUUUUAUAUUUUCUUUAUAUUUUAAAACUGAAGAUGAAGAUAUUUUUAUCUUAAUCUCUUUUCUUUUUUAAGUUUGCAUAAAUCUUUCUAAAAUCUUUAGAGCGCACAAACACACACCAACAAGAGUUUUGUAAAACUUUUUUUUUAUUUUUCUCCUUUUAAUUUGUAAAUUUUCCUAUUUUUUCUUUUUUGGUGGACUUUGAUGCCUUUAUUGUUACCGAAAGCUUAACAAAAAAAAAAAAGAAAAACAAAAUAGCAAUAUAUUUUAUACCAUUACGUAAUUCAAUUAUAUUUUUUUUCUAAAUGAUUGCGUAAUGGUUAUAAAAAGAGGUUUGCGUCUUGAUGUUUUCUCUUGUGCAUGUGUUCGGAGAGAAAGAGAGAAAAAAAAACGAUUUGCAAAAAAACGCUAGAUGACGCCGGCGUCGAGGACGUACUACGCAUCGUCGGAUCGAAAAGGAAGCAAUUGUGCCGUCAAGCUAGCAUCCAUCACCAAAGAUGCUACUUUGUGAAACAAGAAGCAAUCUACGAGAGCGACAAUGCAGGUUGUACAGAUCAAAACGAGCAAAAAAAAAAUUGCAUUUUCUUUCGUUUUUCUCUUUUUUCUUUCUUUUAUCUUUCCAUCAAACUUCUCCUUUUUUCUUUAUAUCUAUCUGCAUGCUUUGUUUUUUUUUUCAUUUAUCUAUGUUACACAAAUUGCGCAUGCGUGCGAACAAAAAAACUAUUAAUACAUAAUUCACUAACUUUAUAUCACCAUUAAACUCUUCCCGCUCGCUGCAUUUUAUACUUUUCCAUUCUAGUAAAGUUAUAUUUGCACAUAAAUAUAAAGAUAAAUGAGUAUAUAUUAUAUACUAAUAUAUACGAUUAUUGAUAGUUAAUUAGACUACAAAUGUACAACUUUUGUACUGUAUAUACUUGUAUAUAAUUAUAAAUAUGUGCUGAUAU